GCGUGAGCGCUCUAAUAAACUGGAAUGUUGCUAAGAAAAGUCUUACAGCAAGUCUAAAAAGUAAACUUGUAAGUAAGUCCAGUGAACUGCCUCACAAGCCAACUGAUAAUAUGAAUUUGUCGUUUGGGCUAAGUCAGAGAUGACUGAGAAAGCCAAAGACAGGGAUAUGUGUGGACUUCAGAGUUCUGUACCCUGCACAGGAGUAUUCCUCCAUAUCCUUAACUGUUUUCUUUUGUUGCUGCUCCUGAAAGAGGUACUUGGCUGUCCAUCUGUCUGCCAGCUCUGCACUGGGAAGCAAGUUAACUGUCGUAACUUAGGUCUUUCAAGCAUUCCAAAGAACUUUCCAAAAAGUACAGUACUUGUAUACCUCAGUGGGAAUAAUAUAUCGCAUGUAAUUCCAAAUGAAUUAACAGGCCUUCAGAAGCUUGCUGUGCUCUAUUUGGAUAAUUCCAGCAUUUCAUAUGUGCAUCCAAAGGCUUUUGUUGAACUUAAUAAACUGUGCUACUUACAUCUAAAUAAUAAUCACAUAAAACGUAUGGAUCCAGGAAUAUUUGAAGGGCUUUCAGAUCUUCAUUGUUUAUACCUUCAGAAUAAUCAAAUAUCUUUUGUUCCUAGAGGAUUAUUUAGUGGUCUCAUUUCAGUUCGAUACUUAACGCUUGAAAGAAAUCGCCUCAGUAUCCUUGGACGUGGCACUUUCUUGGGAAUGAUUAGUCUUCAAAGGCUUAACCUAGCCAACAAUAAGAUUUCACGGAUAUCAGAUACAGCAUUUCAUCAUCUUGGAAACCUUGUGUAUUUGUACCUUGAAGGUAAUAAUUUAACACAUGUGCCAUCAAAGGCCAUUGGAAUACUUAGAAAUCUAGGAAGACUUUCCUUGUCUCACAACCCUGUUGGAUCAAUACAUCCUUUUGCAUUUAAAGGACUUGACAGGCUUGAAUAUUUAUCUUUAAAAAGUGCAAAAAUAAAAAGCAUUAUCAUGAAUGGAUUUGCUGGAUUAAAUAACCUUAAAAAGUUAAUUUUAAGCCAUAAUGAUUUAGAACAUGUAAAUUCCAACACUUUUAGUUCGUUGCAUAAUUUAAUGUACUUGCAACUAGACAAGAAUAAAAUAGUUAGUAUUGGUGAUAAUACAUUUGAAAAAAUGGGAUCUUCUUUAAAGAUUCUAAAUCUAGCAUCUAACAACCUUACUGAUUUGCAGCCUAAAGUGCUCAAGCCUUUGGUUUCAUUAGCUCAUCUACAGGCAAAUAACAACCCUUGGAACUGUAGCUGCACACUGCUUGGGCUACGGAAUUGGCUAGCAUUAUCUUCAAUCUCUGUCAAAAUCCAUUGUCAAAAUCCCCCAAGUAUGCGUGGUAGACCUUUGCAUUAUGUUAAAUGGACCGAAUUUACAAACUGUGCUAUCACUACCACUAAUCCAGAAACAGCCUGGAGUGUAGCAUCUGUCGGUAUCCAUCAUAGCACUGCCACUUUAGUAAUGGCAUGGCACAUGGUAACCACAUAUGAUACACUUGUACAUUUGGAAAAUGCUGGAACUAAACGUGUUACUUUCUGGGGAAGAGCUCCAACCACAUCUGCCAGUCGAUUUCUUUAUGAAGAAUACGCUGCUGGGAAUCCAUCAGAAGCAACGACAGUGUUAUCAGUAUUACCAGUGCAAACAGCUGCACAGAUCGUGCCAGUUAACUUGACCAUGGAACAGAAAAGUGUAUUUCCUCCAGAUGCUGCAUCUGUAUCCUUAAAAACAUCUCUAAUCUGUACACAGCAGGUGGAGAAACUGAAUCAGGCAUUUGACAUUUUAUUAGCCUUUUUCAUUUUAGCUUGUGCUGUGAUCCUUUUUCUAAUCUAUAAAAUUGUCCAGUUUAGACAGAAGCUGAAGAUGCUGGGAGACACGGGGGAAAAGGGAAUAGAGUACUACAGUUCUUACCAGGCUGGUAGAUACAACGUAACUGAUCCAGUUCAGUCCCUACCUCAAAAUCCAAUGAGAAGUUCAGAAUUGGACCAAAUUAAGCUUCUCAAACGAACAAUGCCUGAAAGUCAGGCACAGGUCAUCUUGUUUGAACAUUCAGCAUUGUAACUUAUUCAGUUAGACUUUUGAUGUUGAAUCUAUUGUGGUUUGAAAUGUCAAGAAAUCAAGUGCAUUAAGUUCUCUUAAAAAUAGUUGAAGUUUCUCUGUUCGGUUAACUGGUUGAUGGUUUUGUGGAGACUGUUAUAAUCUGGAAUUGAUAGCAUGAUUC